CACGAGGUACUUCGUACGAAGUAUUAUUUUUACGACGGAUAUCCUUUUUUAUAUAAUCCGUUUGUUUCUACAAACGGUGGUUAGAGUCACCCUGCUCAUCAAAUCAGUGAAGGAUACAGAUAAAUUUCCGGCGAGCCGCAAGUCAAAGAUAUUCGUACACCUCAUCGCUCUGCGGCCUCGCUUCCAGACGGGAGCAGCUCCGGGAAGUUUCGUACCCAUCAUUUGCGCAUGAUAUUCCUUCCAUUUUCGUCGUCUUUAACGCGGUGAUUCAGUAUCUUCCUCCUGAAGCUAUAUUGUGGCUGGUUAGUAGUGCCAAUUUAUGCAGAACCCAUGUCGCUUGAUGACAAGAUAGCCUCACCUCAUAGGAGGUCACAUGCUGCGUUUUCUGUCGCGCCUUCAUACAAAAAAUUACACCCCCGAGGAGGCGAUGAAUCACCCGUGAGCUUUUCAACAAUACUACAGCGCCAUCGGUUCCUCCUAAUCGCCAUGGGCUUGCUGACUUUCAUCUGCAUCGUCUAUCUCUACUUUGCUGUCACCCUUGGAUCAGGUGACUCCUGCUCUGGGUUGACUGCUACUGAAAAGGCAGCAUGUCUUUUGGAGCGCAGCGGAGCUUCUCUUGCGGCAGAAGAAAAAUUGAAGCUUUAGCACUGUAUCAUCCUCCUAUUUUUAAAUUUAAAACUAUUUUUUCUGUUUUCUCCUUUUUCUGUGAAAGGCUUAUAAUACCCCUCAGCAUUGUGAUGAUCGCAUGUUCGGGGGAUUCAGAGCCCUGUUCAGAGAAGGGCACUGUAGAUUGGUGCUACUGAAGCGAAAUUAUGUAAACUUUUCAUUCUUUUAUGUGUAAAAUUUAUGUAGUAAUAUUUGUGACAUUUGAGCAUGACAGGUCCAUAAAACAGAGAACAAAGUACCUUUGUUUUCCCUUUUGACUUUUGACUGUGGGUGCUUAUUCAUCCGUUUGAUUUUUGGGCUUUUCUGGUGACUACUUUCACAAUCUGGGAGUAGAUUGGAAAUGAAAGUGAUACUGUAUUUUAUUUCACUUUUCAAGUUUUACU